UAAUAUUCUUAAAAUUUCAUUAAAAGUCGUAAACAAAAAUUUCUGGAAGUGAUUUUAUUCGAAAAUGAUUGAGAAAAAGUUUGAUAAAAACAAGAGUGAAAAACCACGAGAUGAUGGCGUUGAACUUGAAAAUCAAUUUAUUUUAAGAUUGCCAGAGGAACCUGCAAAAGCCUUGAUUGAGGCACUCCAAAAUGGUAAUCUUAAAGAUCGUAUGACGAUCAAGAUGGACAAUGACUUACGUUAUGGCGAAGUAACUUUUGAUCAAUGGCACUUGCAUUCAAAAGUUGUAGACCUACCAACUGUACUUGAAUGUCUUAAAACUAUUGACAAUAAAAGCUUCUAUAAAACAGCAGAUAUAUGCCAAAUGAUGAUUUGUAAGGAGGAACCGGAUGCUUUAGAUUCCGAAAAAGAAUCACCAAAUAAAGCAAAAAAGAAGGAUCCAAACAAGGUUGACAAAAAGUAUUUAUGGCCACAUGGUAUAACACCACCAUGCAAAAAUAUACGUAAACGCCGCUUCCGUAAAACUCUGAAAAAGAAAAAUGUGGAAGCACCAGAAAUUGAAAAGGAAGUGAAACAUUUACUACGCAUUGAUAAUGAUGCAGUUAAAGUAGAAUACGAGAUAAUUAACGAAGAACUUGAUAAACCAGCAUUAGAUCAAAGCUCGAAAGAAUAUAAUGAGGGCGAAGAAGAAUUUAAUGAUACACUCAACGACGGUGAAAAAACACUUAAUGAUUCGGCGACACAGAAGAAUAUAAAUGUAGAAUCAGACGAUGAUGAUGUGCCUUCUAGUAGUGCAGCAAUUGGCGGAGUUGGUGAACAUGAUAUUUUUGGAGAAGAACUUUCAUCUUCUGAAGAUGAAGAACGCAAUGUUGAAAUGGAAUAUAGUUCACGUUUAUCAGCAGACGAUACGCAUACGUCAGACUUUUCAGCUAGUGUUGGUGGUGCUGGCACAAUAGUUGCUGACAGCUCAAGCAAUUCCAAACAACAACCAACUGAAUUUAAUAGAAGCAUGUUUGGAGGAAGUCCAAAACCUAAUUUAGUUGACAUGAGUAGCAAAUUUGAUGGCUCUAGUUCUAAUUUAGCUGCUCCAAGUGGUUAUUAUGAGGAACAGAAACGUAACGAUUAUGAUGAUGACUUUUCAAAUGAUAUACCACAAAUCGAAACUCAUCAAAUACGACGCAAAAUCAAUGAGUUACAAGGACAAAUCAAUGACUUGAAGAUGUUGAAGGCUCAAAAAUCUCAAGAAAUCGCUGCGAUACAAAAUCAAACUCUAAAGCAACGCAUGAGUGAAACAGUUGAGAAUUUAUUGAGCCAAAUUAUCGAAAAGGAAAUGCAAAUUAAAAGUUUUGAAAAGAUGUUGGAAAAUAAUUAGUAAUUAUUUUUAUUGAUUUAUAUAGUAAAAUAUACUUAAAUUUAUAAUUUAAAGAAAAUUUUUUUUUUAUAUAAAUAUUGUAAAGCAUAUAUAUAUAUGUUUGCAAAAUAAACUAUUGUAAUACAAAACAUUUUUGUAUAUUCAUUCU